AUGCUAUCAGUUGCCCGAGAUCCUACGGGACCGGUUCCAAACACAGACAGGACGAAGGUUCAGCGAGGAGCCUACGUCGUCCAGGACAGCCCUGACCACCAGCUCACACUUUUGAGUUGCGGCUGUAACCUGCACUAUGCUGUCGCUGCAGGAAAGUCUCUCGGGGCACAGGGGAUAGCCACUCGGAUCGUGAGCGCCCCAAGUCUCGAUCUAUUUGAGACCCAGGAUGAUGACUACAAGAACACCGUCUUCCCACAAAGUGGACGGCCUAUUGUCAGCGUCGAAGAGUAUGUAGCGACCCCCUGGGCGAGAUAUGUCACGGCGAGCAUAGGCAUGACGACGUAUGGGUAUUCUGCGUCAGACCGCAGUAACUAUGACCGGUUCGGCCUCGAUGCAAAAGGGAUUGAAACGAAGGCCAAACAGUACUUGGCCCUCCUAAACGGUCGUUCGGCAAGGGAAUAUGGUUGGAAACAACUAUAG